AUGUCGACCAUUGAAACUAAUGCCAAACUUUCCGUCUCCACUGAAGACGUGAAUAACACUCCUGCUUCUGGACAAGCAAAUGGAGGUCUUUCUACUCCUCUUCCUCAGUCUGCCAUCGAAGGCUUCGACCGUUGGAUCAAGGACUUUCAGAAAUAUGAGUCUGUCCUGAAUGAAAUGGCCAAAGUGACUGCAGAUCCCAAGUUUAAGGAGGAACUUGCUACUAUCGAGCACUGGUUCAAAGUUCUGAAUGAGCCUGAGAGGACUGCAGCACUGUAUACUCUUCUUCAGAGCUCUACUCAGGACCAGCUUCGUUUCUUCGUUGCUGUUCUGCAACAAAUGAUCCGACCGGAGGAGCCUAAGGCUGUGCCUAAUUCUCGCAAAGCUCCUGAACCAGCUGCUCAAGUUAAGCCCAAGCUUGGGAAGCUCGCAUUCCGUCCCCCUAGCUUGAACAUCGAUGACCUUGAAUCGCCGAUCACCCCAACACCGGCUCAUGAACAAACUCAUCACAGUCUUCUUGCACAGGCGGCAUUGAACCGCGAAGCUAUUCGCCAGAACACGCCUGCUACGGAGAGCUGGGCCAACAUGGUCAAUACUCCUUUGAUCCCCAUGUUCCAAAAGGACGUUGGAAAAGAAGCAAAACCGGCCGCAGGAUCUACCAAUUCACUGCCCGGCUUCUCGGGAAUCAAUCCUUAUACUUUGAAUAUGCUUGCCAACGCCGGUCUUUCAGCUGAAGCCCAAGUCCUUGCCGCUCAGUUGGUCAUGAGCGGUCUCGUUCAACCCACUGGUCUUGCUCCUCCUUCUUCGGCGAAGCCUAAAAAGGCACAAGGACCUACUAACUGGAGAACUCCGACAAGUGCUCGUUAUCCUGCCAGCGCUCUCAGGAGCAGUGGCUUGCGUCCUAGUAGCGGUUUGAAGAGCGCUGGCCUGAAGAGUAGCGGUCUAGGACCCACUCCUGCUACGCCACUGAGCGCCGUUGAUUCUCCUCGUGAAGAGGAAUUCGAGCCUGAGAUGCUCAACGACAUCCCGACUUGGUUGAGAAGUCUCCGCCUACACAAAUAUACUUCAGCCUUUGAUGGACUUACCUGGCAAGAGAUGGUUGUUCUUGAUGAUGCAACUUUGGAAGCUAAAGGGGUAGCAGCUCUCGGUGCCCGCAGGCGCCUGCUGAGGACCUUUGAACACGUCAGAAAGAGGAUGGGAAUGGACGAACCAACUAGUGCCACUCCCACAACAAGCGCGAUUCCGACAGGGGCGGCCUUUGCGGCGGCCCCUGAAGUUGAUCGCGUUCCCCACAGUGCACUCCCUCGGUCGAAAUUGUCGAUCAAUUCGCCUAUCUUCACUCCGUCCUGGGACUCCUCCAAAGUCCCGAACAGUGCAACGCCCACCGUGUCUGCUACCGAACCUCCUGCCACUACCACUGAAAGUGUCGUAGUUGCUAGUAGUUCCCCAGCCUAG